GACAUCUUUGCUCGGCUGCACAGUUGAAUAACCUAGCAAGCUCGCUUUAAACAGAGGUAGAGGUAAACAAACGUCUUAAAACACAGUUUUAGCCUCACUGAAAACUGAUAGCUAUGGCAUAACUAUUGUACAGUUAAUGUACUGCAAUCAGUGAUAACAGGCACGAUGUCAGCUUUGUUGUUGCAGCACCGUGCUGCCCUUUGUAGAAAAUACAGUACUCGUUUGUUGUGGACACUGUCGAGACGAAACUUUCACGUAUUAGGAAAGAAGCCCACAUCAAGCGAUAGUGUUAGAAAUGUGCUGUUCGGAUGCACUAAUGUUAGAAAGGUGCUUCUUUCUAAAUCGGAGCGAACGGUUACAAGUCAGCCACAGAACAUCAUUCAGAGUCUGCUCCACAGACCCUUGAGUCCUGGCAUGAUGGGAAUUAGCAAAGAAAUAAUCAGAAGCAACCUGCUGAGGAACCCUGUUGGUUUGGUAAAUCUAUUAGGGGCAACAAACUUCUUCAGUACGUCUCAAUCUAAACAAGAGAAAAAUAAAAGUAAUGGACCAAAGGGAAAAACUCCAGAGGAAGAUGAAGAGGAUAAGAAACGUCGGGAACAAGAGGAUCAGAUGUACCGGGAGCGCCUGCGAACCCUCUUCAUCAUAGCGCUCAUCAUGAGCCUGCUGAACUCCAUUAAUAGCAGUGGCGGUAACAUCUCUUGGAACGACUUUGUCAAUGAGAUGUUGGCCAAGGGAGAGGUGUCACGCGUACAAGUUGUUCCUGAGAGUGACAUUGUAGAAAUCUACCUUCAUCCUGGAGCAGUUAUCUUUGGAAGGCCUAGGCUGGCGCUCAUGUACAGAAUGCAGGUUGCCAACAUCGACAAAUUUGAGGAGAAGCUUAGAGCUGCUGAAGAAGAACUGAAUAUUGAUAAUAAGGACAGGAUACCGGUGUCGUACAAACGCACUGGAUUCUUUGGGAAUGCAGUCUAUGCUCUGGGGAUGGCUGCUAUCGGUGUGGCCAUACUCUGGUAUAUCUUUCGAUUGGCAGGCAUGGGUGGCAGAGAAGGCGGCUUCAGUGCUUUUAAUCAGCUGAAGAUGGCCAAGUUCACCAUUGUGGAUGGCAAAUCGGGUAAAGGUGUGAGUUUCAGGGAUGUAGCGGGCAUGCAUGAGGCUAAGAUGGAAGUAAAGGAAUUUGUCGACUACCUCAAGAAUCCAGAACGAUACCUCCAGCUGGGAGCCAAGGUUCCCAAGGGUGCAUUGCUGCUUGGGCCUCCAGGCUGUGGGAAGACGCUGCUGGCUAAGGCUGUAGCCACCGAGGCCCAGGUGCCCUUCCUGGCAAUGGCUGGCUCUGAGUUUGUGGAGGUCAUUGGAGGCCUGGGUGCUGCAAGGGUCAGGAGUCUGUUCAAGGAGGCUCGGGCUCGAGCACCCUGCAUUGUCUACAUCGAUGAGAUUGAUGCUGUGGGAAAGAAGCGCUCCACCAACAUGUCAGGUUUCUCCAAUACUGAAGAGGAGCAGACCCUCAACCAGCUGCUGGUAGAGAUGGAUGGAAUGGGAACGACAGACCAUGUCAUUGUCCUUGCUUCCACCAACAGAGCAGAUAUCUUGGACAAUGCUCUCAUGAGACCAGGCAGACUGGACAGGCACAUCUUUAUAGAUCUGCCCACACUGCAGGAGAGAAAGGAGAUCUUCGAGCAACAUCUGAAGAUCCUGAAGCUGACCCAGCCAGCUAAUUUCUACUCUCUGCGUCUGGCUGAGCUUUCCCCAGGCUUCAGUGGUGCGGACAUUGCGAACAUUUGUAAUGAAGCUGCUCUGCAUGCCGCCAGAGAGGGACACAAGUCCAUCGAUACCUUUAACUUUGAAUAUGCAGUGGAGAGAGUAAUAGCAGGAAGUGUAAAGAAGAGUAAGAUCCUGUGUAAAGAGGAGCAGAGGAUCGUUGCCUUCCAUGAGUCUGGACAUGCCCUAGUGGGAUGGUUACUUGAGCACACAGAGGCAGUCAUGAAGGUGUCUAUUGCACCCCGGACUAAUGCAGCCCUGGGAUUUGCCCAGAUCUUACCUCGUGACCAAUACCUGUUCACCAAGGAGCAGCUGUUUGAGCGGAUGUGUAUGGCUCUGGGAGGAAGAGCUGCGGAGGCUAUCACCUUUAACAAAGUUACAACAGGAGCUCAGGAUGACUUGCGUAAGGUGACACGUGUGGCCUACUCUAUGGUGAAGCAGUACGGCAUGUGUGACUCAGUCGGACAGGUCUCAUUCCCAGAGACAGAGGAGCAAGGUGCCAUUGGACGUCGUCCUUUCAGCCAGGGCCUGCAGCAGCAGAUGGACCACGAGGCUAAGAUGUUGAUAGCCCGUGCUUACAGGCACACAGAGAAGCUGCUACUGGACAACAGAGACAAGCUGACACUGUUGGCGAAUGCGCUGUUAGAGCGUGAGGUGGUGAACUACGAUGACAUUGAGGCCUUGCUCGGUCCACCACCCCAUGGGCCCAAGAAGAUGAUCGUCCCACAAAGCUGGGUGGAGGCUGAGAAGGACAAACAAGACACAGGAGAAGAUGAACCUCAACCACCUCCCCGCAAACACAGAGAAGAGGACAUGAAUCCAAAUCUAGUCUGAUCUUAAAAUAGAUGUCUCAGGAUUCUUUUCCAGCUGCUGUAUUUUGUGGGGGUCUUCACAGGCUGAAUUUAAAAAAAGCCUGGCACUGAUUCCUCACUUUGAAGCUUUAUGUCUGCAUGUGAAAACAUCAACGUUUAAGAAGUUUCUUCUCUAUAAUCCAUGCAGUCUUUUGUGUAAAUGAAAAUUUGCACCUAUUUUUUAGUUAACGUAGCCCAUUUAGAUCAUCUGAAAGAGGCCAGUGCACCUUUGAGGAUGAUUGUUUUGGGGCGGAAUUCCAUCAUUUUUCUCAGUCGCUUGCUGCAUAGCAAUACCAUUACACACUGGAAGCAAUUUGUAUUCUAUUUCUAUUCAAACAGAAUGUCUCUAACUAGCAUUAAGUGCAACCAGCAAUUAAAUGCCCUCUCUUUGAAUUCCCUAACAUCAUGUGCUAAUACCUGAAACUGGUGUGGGAUCAUUUUAUGCAGACGUACUAUAGCAUAAAUAGGUUUGGAGGUUUGGAAUCAAGUAUUACCCUACACUGAAAAACAGUUGAUUAUCGGGGUGUCUUUUCUACUUUGUCAGAGAUGCCCUAUACACACACAAGACAUAUCUACAUAAAUACAUCUCUACAUUAUUGUGUUUGGUAUUCAAAUGAGCUGCAGGACAGAAUUAUAAAAUACUGUAGUAAGUAGCUGUGGACAUUUAUACAUAAUAGAGUGUACUUGAGUGAUUUUUGACCAGGCUGAAACAGAAGUGGUAAGGAAGAAAUUAAGCAGAUCUCAAUGAGGAAACUUUUCUGCAUUUCACAUUUUGAAAUACCCCUUUAAGGUUAUGGUUAAAAUCUCUAAGGUCCCGUCAUGUUGAUCAAGCAGCAGAUAUUACUCCGUACAGCUCUGUUCUGCUCUCACCAUGAGACAUACAGAUUGAGUUAAUAGAUGGAAUAGGUCGAGGUAGUGUCUUUAGAGGCUCUGUAUUUGUUUGAUUGCCACAAGUGAAUAUGAAGUUCCAAAGGAUGGUGUUGCUAAGUAUUUAAUAAAGUUUUAUUUGAACUAAC